CUUGUAAUACUCCUGUCAUCGCUAUCCGUGGAUAGCAUCGCUUAAUUUGUGCUGCAGGUAUGCUGCAGAAGUGUAAGCCCAGUACUUUGAAUCGCGAACAAAUCGUUGGCCGCCGAAGACGGACGACAUUGGGCCUAAUAGCGGGUGUCGGCCGGUAGGAGAGCCAAACAGGCUGACAACCGCGAUGGUGCGAGAGAAAAGAGGGGAGGAGAUGGGGACCUGAAUGAUGGAGUUGAAUGUUGGCAGACGCGGCUCAAGUGGGCUUAAAGACACCGAGUAAACCAUAUAGAUACUCUUGAUCCUCUAGGGUGCGAACUUCAAGCAAGGGCUCCAAACAUUUCUUUUUCCUGCAGUCCACUGAGCCCCAAUAGUGUUGGUUUCCAAUUGUUGGAAGAAAGAAGCAGAAAUAGAAGAUUGGCCGAGGCAGAGAAUCGACAUGACGGAAGGCACCAUGACUGCAGUCGAGACCCUUGCUCGGGACUGGCAGCCGUGGCCCCUCCUGCUGAUCAUCGCCGUGGUGGGCAUGCUGGUCUCCAUCGUCUGGAUGGUGAGGUCUGCAUAUCAUCUGCGGAAGAUCCCUGGACCCUGGUGGGCGCCCUACACCCGUCUCUGGCUCUUUCGAGCCUUGUACUCGGAGCGUUGCGCGGAGGUCUAUCUCCAAGUCAAUCGACAAUACGGUCCCCUGGUGCGCAUUGGGCCCAACCACCUGAUCACCAAUGAUCCGGGUCUGUUUCGACAGAUCCUGGGGGUGCAGUCCAAGUACAAUCGUGGGCCGUGGUUUGACGCCCUGCGUCUUGAUCCUCACAAUGCGAACCUCAUCACCGAGCGGCAUCGGCAGAAGCAUGAUGCCUUGAGGGCGAAGAUGGCGCCGGGGUAUCAAGGGAAAGAUUUGCCGCAGAUGGAAAAAACCAUUGAUCACAAUCUGCUCUUCUGGCUGGAGUACAUCCAGAAGCACGCGUUGACGACCCCUGACCGUCAUGUGGCAUUUGACCUGGCGCGGAGUAUACAAUGGCUGCUGUUUGACAUGGUGUGCCACCUGUGCCUGGGCCACUCGCUGGGGUUUGUCGAUCAGCAUGAAGACUGCUUCGGAUUCCAGAACGUGUUGGAAACCCGACUGCCGAUUGUGGAGAAGUUUGCGGUUUUCACGGAAGUGAAUACGUGGAUUAAGGUGAUCUCCCGCAUCCCGUGGGUGCGUCGGGUGUUACCGACCCCUCAGGACCAGGACGGAAUCGGGGCAAUCCUCGGGGUGGCAGAGAAAACGGUUCGUGCGCGCGUGGCGCAGGGGGUGCCACCCAAAAUCAACGAGACGAUGCUGGACUCGUGGUUGCGCAAUGGGGUUGACCCAUCGUUGGCGGUCUCCGAAGUGACCAUUGCCCUGUUCGCAGGAUCGGACACGACCGCAACUUCCAUCCGCGCGCUGAUGCUUCACGUCAUUUCCAACCCGAUUGUCUAUUCGCGGCUGACCGAAGAGAUUCGCGGCGCCGAUAAACGCGGUCAAUUGGGCUCCCCAGUGGUCAGCGAGCGCGAAACCAAGUCUUUGGCUUACCUGCAGGCCUGCAUACUGGAAGGGUUGCGGGUGUUUCCCCCGAUCACGGCGUUGCGCGAGCGCGUGGUGCCCGCGGGGGGCGACACGCUGAAUGGGGUGUUUAUCCCCGCGGGCACGAACGUCGGGCUUAACCUGCCCGGCCUGCUGCGCCACGAGCCCGCCUUCGGCCCCGACGCCGACGUCUUCCGUCCGGAAAGAUGGCUGGAGGCAACCCCCGACCAGCGACAGCGCAUGGACCGAGUCCACGAGCUGAUGUUCAACUGGGGCAGUACCCGUUGUCUGGGUAUUCGCUUGGCCCAGACAAUGAUGAGCAAAGUCCUGGUCGAGGUCUUCCGGCGGUGGGACCUGGUCUCGUUGCGACCCCAGCAGCCCUGGCACAGUCGAUGUCAUGGGAUCUUUCUCCAGAAGGACUUCAAUGUCCGCAUCACUGAGGCACCAGGAUCAACCAGCUAGUGGGGGAUCGCUGGAGUGGAAACAAGGGAAACAUGAUAUGAUGAUAGAUCACGCUUGGAUAAUACGGUAACGAAGAACCACACGGACUCGAGAAAUUAGCCCGGUCAAAGAUCCUUUUCCCAGCUUCCAGCCUGCUCCUGCUACUCCUGAAUCCAAUUUG